AUGGACGGCAUGGACAAGCGCCAGCAGCAGCAGCGCCGCGGCGGCCCCCAGCGCCGCGCCCCCGGCGACCGCAUCAGCGCCGCCGAGAAGGCGAGCCAGAGCAAGAAGCGGAUGACGAAAAACGCCAAGUACGGCUUCGGGGGCCCCAAGCGGCUGGCAAAGCAGAACGACGCGUUCUC